UACCGUGAGCCACGUCCCUGCAACCGUUCUCCCAGUGCCAGUUGUCGUCAGACCCGAAUAUUUAACAGAAAGCAUGAAGUCCAUGGUUACACUGGUCUGCAUCGCUGCCCUUGCUACCGUGGUGUCGGCAGGGUUCUAUGGCGGAUACGGUGGAUAUGGAGGAGGAUAUGGUGGCGGCUAUGGUGGCUAUGGCGGCUACGGUGGUGGUUACGGGUACCACCCUGUAGGCCGUGUCUUUGCGUACUCGACGCAUAUUCAUCACCCAUCGUAUGGUUACGGCCAUGGCGGUUAUGGUCAUGGCGGUUAUGGUGGCUACGGUGGAUACGGUUACGGACAUGGCUACGGACACGGCUACGGCCAUGGAUAUCAUGGUUGAGGCAGCAACUGUGCACACUUUCCGUGUGAAGAUGACUUGUGCAACGCUCACGGAGGGUUUCAAGUCUUCAGGAUGACGUUGUCACCAAAUUAAGAUAUUUUAGUGGAUGGACAGCGUUUCUGCUGGCCCGUCUUAGAUUGGAGAUAGUGGGAAAAGAGUGAUCUGUAAAUAAAAGCGCAUGCAUGUUUCCUA